AUGCAAACUCUUAGAAAGGCAUUAUGCAUUAUACAAUUCUUUGUCGUUAUCAACUCUGUCAUUUUAACAGUUCGCAUGCCGGUAGAAAAUCUUGAUCUGAUGGAACCAAUGCUAACACAAAGAAACGGAUGCUCCAUUCUGCAAAAUCGUGGAAGUCAUAACUGGGAGAACGGCUUGUUUACUGCGUGCACCUCGCGCCUCGUGACGCUGAGAUUAACUGGAGCAAAUGAAUAUAGAAUGAGUGUUACGAUGGACUCCGAAAAGUUUCAAAAGAAGUACGGUGAACUGGAAGGUCACGUGCUGUUAUGGAAAGUGAACAAACUGCUGAAUAAGAAAAAAUUGGACUGUUCAACAAUGGUUACGUUCGAUGACGCUGAGGAUAAUUCAAAUAUGGAAAAUACAACAAUCACUCCAUCUCUCAUUUUAAUUGCACCGAAGUGGAGCUGUAGGUGCAAAUGGCUUCAGAGAGAGAAGAUGCUUUUACAUACAUUUGAGUUAUUGGAAUGUCGCGAUUUGGGAGUACUACUUACCAAGUCGACAAAACUAAGUCGUCUGAGGCAUUUCCAACUGAUACUUGGAAAACGAAACCUUGAGAAGCUUAGGGAGAAUACUCCCGCUCUUUUGGCUGAACUCAACCAGUAUGGCUGCAAGUACCUCGGCUUUUGGUCAUCGGUUGCAAGUAAUUCGUGUACGAAAGGCAGAUCUAUGGCACUCGAUUAG